GAGGCCGGGAGGGCGGGGGCCGCGGCUGGGAGCCGAGGGCUCAGGAGAGCGCAGGGCAGGGAAGUGAGUUGGUGCGCGCGGGGGUGCGCGCGUGCGAGUGUGUGUGCGCGUGUGCACGCGCGUGUGCAGGGCCGGGGGCGGGCUCCGGCCCCGCUCCCUCCUCCCGCCCGCGCCCCGCGCUCCGUCGCCAACUCGGAGCCCCGGCGCGGCGGGCGGCGGGCAGCAUGCUGAGCCUCCUCGUCUGGAUCCUCACUCUCUCCGACACUUUCUCCCAAGGGACCCAGACCCGCUUCAGCCAGGAGCCGGCCGACCAGACUGUGGUGGCAGGACAGCGGGCCGUGCUCCCCUGCGUGCUGCUCAACUACUCGGGCAUCGUGCAAUGGACCAAGGAUGGGCUGGCGCUGGGCAUGGGCCAGGGCCUCAAAGCCUGGCCGCGGUACCGGGUCGUGGGCUCUGCGGAUGCCGGGCAGUACAACCUGGAGAUCACGGACGCCGAGCUGUCUGAUGACGCCUCCUACGAGUGCCAGGCCACGGAGGCCGCCCUGCGCUCGCGGCGGGCCAAGCUCACCGUGCUCAUCCCCCCAGAGGACACCAGGAUCGACGGCGGCCCUGUGAUUCUGCUGCAAGCGGGCACCCCCCACAACCUCACGUGCCGAGCUUUCAACGCCAAGCCGGCCGCCACCAUCAUCUGGUUCCGGGAUGGGACGCAGCAGGAGGGCGCUGUGGCCAGCACGGAACUGCUGAAGGAUGGGAAGAGGGAGACCACCAUCAGCCAGUUGCUCAUUAACCCCACAGACCUGGACAUUGGGCGUGUCUUCACCUGCCGCAGCGUGAACGAGGCCACCCCGACUGGCAAGGAGACUUCCAUCGAGCUCGACGUGCACCACCCUCCCACGGUGACCCUGUCCAUUGAGCCACAGACGGUACAGGAGGGGGAGCGCGUUGUCUUCACUUGCCAGGCCACAGCCAACCCUGAGAUCCUGGGCUACAGGUGGGCCAAGGGCGGCUUCUUGAUUGAAGAUGCCCACGAGAGUCGCUAUGAGACAAAUGUUGACUAUUCCUUCUUCACGGAGCCUGUGUCCUGUGAGGUUCACAACAAAGUGGGGAGCACCAAUGUCAGCACCUUAGUAAAUGUUCACUUUGCCCCCCGGAUCGUAGUUGACCCCAAACCCACGACCACAGAUAUUGGCUCUGAUGUGACCCUCACCUGUGUCUGGGUGGGGAAUCCCCCCCUCACCCUCACCUGGACCAAAAAGGAUUCAAACAUGGGGCCCAGGCCUCCUGGCUCCCCACCCGAGGCUGCUCUCUCUGCCCAGGUCCUGAGUAACAGCAACCAGCUGCUGUUGAAGUCAGUGACCCAGGCCGAUGCGGGCACGUACACCUGCCGGGCCAUCGUGCCUCGGAUCGGUGUGGCCGAGAGGGAGGUGCCGCUUUACGUGAACGGGCCCCCCAUUAUCUCCAGCGAGGCGGUGCAGUACGCUGUCAGGGGUGACGGGGGCAAGGUGGAGUGUUUCAUCGGGAGCACGCCGCCCCCAGACCGCAUUGCCUGGGCAUGGAAGGAGAACUUCCUGGAGGUGGGGACCCUGGAGCGCUACACGGUGGAGAGGACCAACUCGGGCAGUGGGGUGCUGUCCACGCUCACCAUCAACAAUGUCAUGGAGGCAGACUUUCAGACGCAUUACAAUUGCACAGCUUGGAACAGCUUUGGGCCCGGCACAGCCAUCAUCCAGCUGGAAGAGCGAGGUCCCUGUGAGCCACCAGCCUCACCCCAGCCUCUCCUUCCCUCUGAAGAGGUGCUGCCCGUGGGCAUCAUUGCCGGGGCCACCAUCGGUUCGGGCGUCCUGCUCACAUUCUUCUUCAUCGCCUUGGUGUUCUUCCUCUACCGCCGCCGCAAAGGCAGUCGCAAGGACGUGACCCUGAGGAAGCUGGACAUCAAGGUGGAGACUGUGAACCGCGAGCCACUUACAAUGCAUUCAGACCGGGAGGAUGAUACAGCCAGCGUGUCCACUGCGACUCGGGUCAUGAAGGCCAUCUACUCGUCCUUCAAGGACGACGUGGACCUGAAGCAGGACCUGCGCUGCGACGCCAUGGACACGCGGGAGGAGUACGAGAUGAAGGACCCCACCAACGGCUACUACAACGUGCGCGCCCACGAGGACCGGCCGGCAUCGCGGGCCGUGCUCUACGCGGACUACCGCGCCCCCGGGCCCGCGCGCUUCGACGGGCGCCCGGCCUCGCGCCUCUCGCACUCGAGCGGCUACGCGCAGCUCAGCUCGUACAGCCGCGCCCCCGCGUCCGACUUCGGCCCCGAGCCCGCCGCCCCCGGGCCCGCAGCCCCCGCCGGCGCCGACUCGGCCGGCACGUUGUCCUAUGAGAACUACGACAAGUUCAACCCGCACCCCUUCCCCGCGGCGGCGGGCUACCCCACCUACCGACUGGGCUACCCCCAGGCGCCGCCGUCCGGCCUGGAGCGGACCCCGUUCGAGGCGUACGACCCGAUCGGCAAGUACGCCACGGCCACCCGCUUCUCCUACACCUCGCAGCACUCGGACUACGGGCAGCGGUUCCAGCAGCGCAUGCAGACUCACGUGUAGGCCUGGAGCCCGGCCGGGGCGCCUCUGCGGGGCAGAGGACGAGGCUCUCACAGCCGUUCCCUGAUAUUCAGGGGCGUUGCGCGUCGCUCCCGGCCCGGACCAGCCUUCCUCCGCCGCCGCCGCGGCUGCGGCAGGUGGGGAGCAGGUCUCCCGGAAACACCCCGUCCCGAGGAUGGUGCUUUGUGCAUGCCCCAGCCUCCUGGGCCUGCCCUUCCCUCUUCUUCGGGAGGACGUGUCUCUUCUGACCUGUGCUCUCGCCUGGCCCCAGCACGGGAACAGGGAAGCGAAGGUUGUGGAGAGCAGAGGGGGCACUUUUUAGCAUUCCCAUUCUGCCCCACCCCUUUGGUCUCCCCUAAGUGGACAGGGAUGUGUGACGAUGAGCAGGCGUUGGCCUAGGGGGACACGCAGUGGCGGGUGGGGGUGGCCCAGGCACAGAUAUGUGGAAACACAUUUGCCUGGCCAGCCCCUCUGCCCUCUGCAUUCACACCCCGGCAGCAUCCUUCCUUCCGCGACUGCAGAAGGGACCUUGGAUUGAUUUUAGCUGUCCACAGAACAGCCCUGGCACUGAGUUCAGAUCCGGCCCUCGUUCAGCUGGGAUUAAAGGGCCAGCUGUCCUGGCUGCUCAUCAUGGACACCUGUCUGUCAGCAGAGGAUCCAGAUCCGCCCUUUCUCUGUCCUCUGUGCAGGGCCAGCCAGUUAGAUCACGGGGUCCCCAUGCAGAAAGGAACGGUGGGGGAACCAUGUCCUGACUCACCAGCAGGAAGGCUGUGUGCCUCAAAGCAGUUUCCAGAACCCCCUCUAGAGGAACCCCUUCCCUCCUCAGCCUGCCCUGUAUCCUGGCUUUAACUCUUGAGCCCGUCUGGGGAGUGGUGGUGUGAGGGCCGGAUGCUAUAGGCUAUUUUUCAAAGACAACAAAAAACAAUGAAAACCUCAUUUGGGGAGAAAAAAAAGCUGUAGGGAAUCCCCAGCCCCAAGUCCCAGUGGGAAGGAAAGGGGGCACCUGCUCUCCUCCAGAUUCCUAGCACCGUCCAUUACUCUGAAUUUCCAAGCACUUUGAAUCCAUUUUUAAACAUUCAGGUGGUAAGACCUGUCCCCGAUGGGCUCUGACAGGCUUAGGGAGGGGGCCUGGCUCUCAAGACUGCUUGUCCUGCCCACCAGCUGGUCGGGGAGGCUACCUUCCGGGGGCAUGGGUGAUAGGCUCUUCAGACAGGUUUUGGUUUGUUAAGUGUCUUUUUUUUUCUUGGACCAAUCAAAUUCCUUCUUCCACUUUCAGUGCCUUGAGUGUCCAGCUUUGGUUGACCGGCCCUGUGUGGGGGAACACAGGGGAUGGGUAUUGCAAGCCCCAGACACGCCGUCAGGUGUUGCAGAGUUUCGGGGACGGCGGGUGAGGGGCCUGGAGAGGGAGGAAGGUGGCACGGAAGGGCACUGCAGGCAGUCACGCCCAUGCUGUCCCCACACACACAUUCCACAUGGCCAUUCUCAGCCGCCGCCUCUGACCAAAGAGAACUGUGCCCCCGCCCCAGCCUCCCCUUCCCCCGGCGGGUGGAGUCUCGGGGGCAAUCCCCAGAACGCGCUUUGCCCUCUCUCCUGGUCACCACUCAUUAGUCGUGUUUGCUUUAAUGAGUUACAUGGUCAUCAGCCACGGACCAUCACCACCCUUGCGGAUGGGUCUGUGGGGUGACAUUCCUCACCGUCCCUGCUCGUAAGGACCAGCUAAUGCCCAGGGAGAAAGUAGCUCGGUUCCAGCCUGGCAGGCUGCCUCUGCGUCCCCUUCCGCAGCGACAGGGGCAAAUCCUGGGUGUCCCUUGGGGGUGGGGGGGCAUCGUCCCGGCUCCAGCUGCAUUCCACCCCUACCCCUGGGAGCUGACCCCUCCCUACAGAGUCAUUUUAUGUGAGCCCCUGGAGAAGGUCUGGUAAGGGAUGCGGGUUCCUGUGCAGAUGAAUUCACGCAUACUCUGAUUAUCUUCGCAGAAACAGAAGCCAUGCGUAAUCCAAACAGUUAAAGUCUAAAGAUGGUGAUGGCUCUUUAAACAGGAAUAUUCCAAAAAAUAUUCAUUUGCAUUUGGGGUUUGGCUACAUUCUGUUUCUUCCCUUUUAUUAGUGCUGGGUCCAUUCUGUUGAAAUGAUGAAGAGGAGGGGCCCAGGGUCAGUGGCUAACUCAGUUGACACUACAGGGACCAUUAGCUUUCAGAAGCCUGUGGCCAGAGCUCCUUCUCUGCUCUCUGCUCUUUAACCCAGUAACCGGCCCCUCCUGGGUAUGGAGCGUGCACAGUGCAAGGCACAGAGAGACCCCGGCGCCCCAGGCCCUCUCUGCCCUCUAUUUGCACGCUGUUCAUCUGAUCACAAUCGGAACCGGGGCCUGCCUGUUGGGCCAAAUGGAAUUGCUUUUCUGGGGAGUGGAAGGCACCCUUGAACGUAGUGGAGCUUUGCUGUUGGAGGCUGGGGCCCUCCAGCAGGGUGCCGAGAGUACUUGAUGUGGCCACCUUGGUGAUCCUGAUCGCCUUUGAUAUUCUCAUCUUAGUGAGAAGAGCGAGGCACUAGGGGUCAGGAGAUCGGGGACGCCAUCCUGAAGCUGCCAUUGACUGAGUGACCUUGGCCUAACCUCUUUACAUUUACUGCCCCCGAUUUUCUGGCCUUAAAAAGAGGGGGAGGGUGGCACAACCCUAGAAUUAUUCGGCUCUUGCUGUAUUCAUUCGGUGAGGUGGGGGGCCCAGCCACCCCUGGUGAGGAGCUGGGAACAGGACGUGAGCAGGGAAGGGAUGGGGGUGGUAGAAGGUUCUACUCUCUUGAAAAAAGCUUUCACUGUGGGCCUCUUGCUGGAAGUGUUGCGAAUAAGUUUCCGCUAGGUUCCCCUGGAUGCCAAACGGCAACAAAGCAUACCCUGAGCCUGGGUGAGAUUGGCGUGCGCUUAUCCUCUGACCAUUGGGAAUGGUCGCUCACAUUGGGAGCCCGCUCGGAAUUCUGCCCGUGUGGCAAAGGCGUCUGUGGCCAGGGCGGGGCAGGGAGACUCCUCCACUGGUGCCCUGGUUUCGGGCAGCUUUGACCGAGGGGGAACUGGGAGUAGCCACCAUCCACGCUGUCCUCAGGAGCGCAGGGACGGCGCAGCCCUCUCACUGGGGAGGUGAACCUGCCGGCCAGGGUCUCCCGAGCCAGAUGGUGAGGCGUGAGCACGGCUGACCCCUCUGUGAAGCAGUAGAGGGAAGUUUUGACGUGAACUCGACCUCGAAGAGGCUCUGGUGAUUGUGGGUGAGCUGCAGUCUCUUCCCUCGUGGGGGUGCUCACACUGCAUCUCGAAUCCUGGAUCCCUCUAAGCCCAGCCCCAGCGUCCUCGUGAGGUCAGGAAGGGGAGCCAGCAGGGAUGGAGCGGUGCUCCCCCGAGCGCCGUGCCUGGGAUGGAAAAGGUUGGCUUGACCCCCCAUCUGCAGGCCCAUCACUUUGAGGGCAGCAUUCCAGGACUGAGCGCCCUGCCCCGGCCGUGGAAACCGAGGCUUCUCUACCACUCCAGUGUGUCCCCGGCGGGUCCCCGCCUUGCGCCUCUUGUCGGGGAAUCACCUGAAAGGUGUUCGUGACGGCCCUGCCUGGUGGGACCAGUGAGGAGAGUCACGGGGCACUCCAUAGACCGAGGGAUGUAAUUUGGAAAGGCAUCUAUUUUUGUGAAGAGGCUAUAAAACUAGCAUUUAAGUAUCCCCCUCCCUUGUCCUGCCUUCCCCUGCCCUUCAGAAUGGGGGGGUUGGGGGAGGUGCCCAUUUUCUUGCAUCACUGUGAGGGAGCUCCAGGCCCCGUCCCUGGAGAAGGCGUUGCUGUGCAGAAGUCACAGGCCAUAUGGGCGGCUCUGGUACAAGCCUGCCCUUAAAAAUAAUAACAGUAAUAAUAAUAAUAAUAGUAGCUCCAUUUGCAUAGAACUACCACAUUCCCGCCAGCCUCCUGCCCCUGCUCCUGGCUUUUCGUUUUGGCCACAACCACCAGCCUUUUCGAGGGUUGGUGGGCUGUGGGGCCUUCUACCUGUUUCUGGAGGUCAGACGCUGCCCCGGGAAGACCCCCCACUGGGGAGAGCACAGCCGAGCGCUGCCCGGAGGCUGGGCUGCACCAAGUCUGCCCGGAGGAGCCCUGGGGCCCCGGAAGUCACACUCUCCACCCCAGCCACCCUUGGGGUCACAGCCUCUACUUGGGGCUCCAGUUGAGUUUUCUCCUCCCAAACCCCAACAAUAAAUGGAUCCAGGAUGACAAGAGAAGAGAAAAAAAUAUAUUAUUUUUGUUAGGACAGACCAUCGUAGGUUUUUAGCAAUGUGUGUCUGUGUGUCCUCACGCCUUUUCCUAUUCUGCCUGUUUUCAUUUUCCUUUUUUUUAAAUAUUAUGUACUAUAUUUUUAGUCUCAAACACACUAUAUAUUAUAUAUAUUUAAUUUUUUUAUAUAUAUAAAUAUAAAUGUUUUAAAAAGCA